AUGGCGACCUUGACCGUGCCGCAGGAGGGCAAGAAGAGGCAGCGAGUCUCACUCGCUUGCCUCGCGUGUCGUCAAAGGCGCAUGCGUGCCCGGAUCCGAAAUCUAGAAGCUCAGGUGGUAUCACUAGGCUCCCAACCAACAUCUACUUUGAAUCCAAAUACCGAAGAGGCUGGACAAGACGAGAGCACCGACGACGAAGACCAAGGUCCAUUGUCCGACCUCACUGGCCUCGUCGGCCGCCUCAAUGUCAUAGACGACGGCCAGCUCCACUACUUUGGGUCUCAGAGCUCAUAUAACCUCGUUCGGGAGCCCCUCCGUGAGGCCGACCCUCACAAGCCGUCUCUCAAAGUCCAGAGACAGGGUCUCGCCGCUGCAGCGCAACUCGGAAAACUCGUCACUGUCUCUGACGAACUCCAGGACCACCUGCUCGAACUGUACUGGCGGUGGCAGAACCCGUGGAACUACGUGAUCCACAAGAGCGCGUUCCUGAAGAGCUUCCGGGGCGAAGAUGAUGGCAAGUACUGCUCGCCGCUUCUGUUGUGCUCAAUUUUUGCCAUCGCGGCGAGGUACUCAGACCGCCUUGAGCUGAGGUCGGUGGUGGAUGAUCCUAGUACUGCGGGGGAUGCGUUUUCCGAGCAUGCCAAGAUACUGCUGCUGUACGAAAGCGAAGCUCCUACAAUCACGACUGUUCAGUCCGCUUGCCUUAUGGCUUUGCGAAUCAUGUCAGACGGCAAGGAGGCUCUUGGAUGGUUAUAUUCGGGUGAGUUUUGUUAG